AAUGUAAUCCUUCUCAAAAAACCUUUUACUGUGAUAUGAACGGCAUAUUGUUGUCUGUUUCUCUUCAUGGUCCCUGAUAUCAGAUCUCUGCUGCUCAGUCCUGGGUUUUGAGAUUAUACCCGUCUAAGUGGGCUGCAGAAUAGGGUGUGUGGUUAAUUUUGGGAAAUUUCGCUUAUUUUCAAAAGUUGACAAGUACAGUAUGGGGGAGGGCUUAAGGAAGUCUGCAGGCUAGUAGAUGCUGAAACGCAACCUGAAUGUGAUGUGACAACAUGGCUACCGCCUCAUCAUCUCGUGUGAAAGACUGUUACCUUUGCUCUUGUUCUUUAAAAGACUCGGUUGUUUUAAGAUGCUGUCACAGUUUGUGUAAAAGCUGCUUAAAGAGCUACUGGGAGUUCAACAAGACUCUGGAUUGUCCUGUUUGUUUAAAGGAGACUCACUGUUCUGUGCUUCUGCAGGAUCUGAGUGUUUCCUGCUUUGCCACCGUGUGUAAAUUCUCUCAUGAUAGCAACGCAAAACCAAACAAUGCUAGGAAAGCAGAAACUGUGAUGAGAGAGCAGUCAAGUAAAACCAGGGACGAGGAUGUAGACACAGGUGUGAUGCUACAUGACGUAAUUCCUUCAACAAGUGAAUCUGAAAAGGAACCUCAUCCACCACCCACAGCUACAUCUAAAUCAUUGAGGUCCAUCCUGUGUCCAAAAUGCGGCAAGAGAUUCGAAAAAAAAUCUGACCUGAGAGCUCACGAAAAAGUGCACGUCUUAAGAAAGCCGUAUCAGUGUUCCACAUGUGGAAAGAGUUAUGCUGGGAAAGAUGAGCUUACUUUACACAUGCGUCUGCACACAGGUGAGAAGCUGUUUAACUGCUCUUACUGCAACAAAAAGUUCACCAAAGAGAGGUGUUUGAAGUCCCACUUAAGGAGCCACACAGGGGAAAAGCCGUUCUCUUGUUCUCAAUGUGGGAAAAGUUUUUCUCAAAAAAGUGCCCUAAAAAAUCACCUGCGGCUGCAUGCAGGAAAUCUGCCUUAUCAGUGUGAUCAUUGCGGGAAGCUUUUUAACAGUGGAGUUGCUAUGAGGACCCACAAGGUGAUCCACACCGGUGAGAAGCCUCUUCCAUGUCCACAAUGUGACAAAAAGUUUUUCCUAAAGAUUGACCUGAAGACUCACCUGUAUAGCCAUUCUGGGAUCAAACCAUUCAGCUGUUCAGUGUGUGGGAAGAGUUUCGUAACGAAGCAGGAACUUAAAACUCAUCAGGUCGUUCACAAGGAUGACCGCCCCUUUCACUGCACACAGUGUGAGAAAAGCUUUAAAAGGAUGAGCCAUCUGACAUCACACAUAAAGACCCACAGCUCUGACACCCCUUACAAGUGCACCUACUGCAGCAAAUCAUUCAAACUUCCCUUCUACCUAAAACUGCAUGAGAGUAUUCACAGUGAAGAGAAGCCUUACAGAUGUGAGAAGUGUGGAAAAAGCUUUCGUUUAUCAGGUGAUUGCACCAAACAUCAGGCUGUACAUUCAGAGGAAAAACGGUACAAGUGCUCAAUCUGUGAUAUGAGGUUUCGCUUCAACAGUUCGCUGAGGGACCACAAAGUCAUUCACUCUGAUGACAAACCUUACCAAUGUGAAAAGUGUGGAAAGAGCUUUAACAGACUCGAUACCCUGAAAAACCAUAAAGCGAUCCACACUGAUGAAAGACCUUAUAAGUGUUCUCAAUGUGAUUUGUCUUUCAAGACUUCAUCUUCGCUCAGGUUACACAAAAUUAUUCACUCCAAGACCCUGCUACACUGCAGCAUCUGUGACAAAACCUUCACUCGCCAAAAAUCGUUCAAAAUUCAUCAAGACAUUCAUGCAGGGAUUAAAGUUUACAAAUGCUCUAAGUGUGGAAAAUGCCUGAGCUCGGCAAGUCACUUGAAGAAUCACAUGGAGCAACACUUUGAAAGGAAAAUGUACCACUGUGGUGAGUGUGAGAAGAGUUUCACCACAGUGGGAUGCCUGAGGAAGCAUCAGAUGAAGGUGCACAUUGAUGAGAAGCUGUAAAUAAUUCCAAAGGGAUACUGGUUACUAACCAGCUGCAACAUUCAGGAGAGAAGGAGCAUAUUUGCUCCCAUUGCGGGAAGGUAUAUAGAUGUAGGAUCGGUUGGCAUGAGACGAUUCACUUUUUGAUUCACUCACAAUUCAUAAGAGAGACCUCAAUGAUACUCAGUUUGGUAAAGAAUUUAUUAAGAGCCACCAUCUGAAACAUCAAAAAAUAAAUGGUGAGAUGGAGAUAAUAUUUAGCAUUAUGUUUGUUUAUUGUUUUUCUAUUAAAAAUGUAAGCCGUGCAGGCAUUGGUUACACUUAAGUGAAAUGUAGUUACUAUAUAAUACUGUAUAAUAGGUAGUUUUAUGUAUGCAUGCAAUUAGAUUUGUAUAAAAAAAGUUAAUGUGAGAAAUAUAUUUUUAAUUCACACAACACCUGUACAAAGCUUAUGAGUCAAGACCCAGAAGAAUUGCUAAAAUAUUACUGCAAGAGAGAAUUAACAAUAAUAACAGAUAUAAUUGUACUCAAUGUAUGCUUUUUCUUUUUAGAUUUUUAUUUUUCUAUGCAAUUUUUGUAUUUUCAAAUAAAACUCACAUUACAUAAAAUGUUUGUUAAGAUUAAGUUUCCCCACACACCACAUUUAUACAUUUUAUGUUUUUCAUAUAACCCUGCAUAAUCCUCAUUAUGUUAUUCUCAUAUUUCUUCCCUACUGAAAACUCCAGCAAAGACCAGCAUAAGCUGGUAGCUGGUUUUAGCUGGUUUAAGGUGGCAGUAGCUGCUCUAAGCUGGUCCUCCCAGCCUGGCAAAGAUGGUCAAGCUAAACUAAGUCCAGCAAGACCAGCUUAAAAAGUGACCAAAACACAGACCCGCUUGCUACACCAGCAAUACCAGCUAAAACCAAGUAUAUAGUAAUACUAUUAAAGAGUGAAGAUCAAGGAUCAAACACAGACACACUGUUAACAGAAUUUUCUUUGUCUGAUUUAUUAUAUUUUAUAGAAUAGUCUCUCACCCUCUGUAUGCAGAAGUAAAAAUGAGAGCCCCUUUUACAAAGUUGUACACACGUUUGUAGCAAGAUAUUGAAAAAUACAUAGUCAUCCCAUCUCCACCCAUGAACCAAAAAUCGUCAUCUUAGUUCCAGCGUCACUUAGAAAAUAACAUUAAAUUUAUCAAUGAUUAAGAAACAUAUCAGUUGAAGCAGUCUAGUCAAAUAGAAGAAAUUAUUUUGGUCUCAGUGAACUCGACCGUUUACUGGGUUUUCUAACUUGUUCAUGAUUUGUUACUUAUCUCAUUCACUAAGCCCCCUUUAUCUUAUCUAAUAGGACUUUGUAUAAUGUUCUAGUCCUUGGAAAUUUUACUGCUGAAAAGACAAAAAGAACAGAAAUCUUCCACAAGAGCAGAAGAACAGGAUUUUGCAUUUAACAAUUAUAAGUUCAUAAACUAUAAUAAAAAUAAAAAAUCUCCCACUACAAAGCAAUAGUAACUUUAAUUUGUCUUAGCUUGCAAAUAUUAAGAUUGAGCCAAUUUCUUUAGACGUGCCGAAACUGGCAAUGAACUGGUCAGCUCAGGUCAUGUUGACACGAGCAUCUUCCUUGUUCUUAGUUUUAACUUCUCUGUCACUGUACCAUUACAAAUGUACCAUUAACCAGGCUUGUAUUGUUGUGGAAUUUUUACCUUGUUGAACACAUGAAUAAUUAAAGUCA